AUGACUGAGGAUACCUGUACAUGGAUGGCUAGUAAUUCUGGUGUGUUCUCUGUGGCUUUAGCAUGGAAAAGGUUAGAGUCAAUUAAUGGGCCCAUGCUUAGCAUUUCAAAGUUUCUGUGGAGAAACUCUACUCUUCCAAAGGCUAAGUUUUUCAGUUGGUUAGUUUGGAGAGGGAGAAUAAGGACUGCAGAUUUUAUGCAUAGAAUUGGAGCUCUAACAGCCAAUGUCAGCUCUCUAUGUGUGUUUUGUAGUGCAGAGGUGGAAUCAAUUAAUCAUGUGCUGCUUUUAUGUCCAUUGGUCUGGAAAUUAUGGUCUAAAAUGGUAAAUUGGUGGGAGAUUAAGUGGGUAACUCCAGGUUCAGUGGAUGUGUUGUUGCAAUGGUGGGUUGGUAUGAAAUUUAGAAAGCAGGAGUUGGAUAUUUGGAAGGUUGUUCCUUUGGCCAUGUUAUGGUUUGUAUGGAAACUAAUGAAUGAUUGCUUGUUUAAUAAUGACAGUGCUGAUCUUACUGAGACGAUGGAUCUAUUAAAAGUUAGAGUUGUUCAAUGGGUGAAAUCAAAUUGUAAAGGAAUAAAUUACUCAGUGCAUGAUACUGUGGCAAACUUGAAGCAUGUGAAAGGUUGUUUGGCAUAA